ACCGCAUGUUUCAGGAAGUAGGCACAGAUCCUUUUUGAAAUGUUAGACGCAGUAGCAUGAGUUUGAAUCAGCUGUGAGCGGGUUGUGUGUGAGUCAGAAGGGCACAAGUUUACAGUUUUGCACAGUGACAUGCGUCUCCACAUUAUCACCCUCGCUGUCUUUUGCUGUGCUUUCGCAGAGUCGCGGAAAAUAAGAGGAAUAUCCUCGUCCUAUAAGCGCUUCUACAAGGAGAAGAGAUCCUUUCUCUGCAUCGAUGGGUCCAAAAUGAUCCCCUUCGAGCAGGUGAACGAUGACUACUGCGACUGUGAGGACGGCUCUGAUGAACCAGGCACCUCGGCCUGUCCUCGUGGCCGGUUCUACUGCACCAACCUGGGUUUCCGCCCACACUACAUCCCGUCAUCCCGAGUCAAUGACGGCAUCUGUGAUUGCUGCGAUGCUUCAGAUGAAUACAACAGCCACGCUCGCUGCCAGAACACUUGCUGGAAUCUGGGGCAGCAGGAGAGAGCAUAUGUGGAGGGCCAGAUGAGGACCUUGGACGAGGGCUUGCAGCUCAAGCAGCAGCUGAUUGAGGAGGGAGUGCUGCUCUGGAGGGAGAAACAGGCUCAGCUCCGUGAUCUCCAGCAGGUAGCCGAGGACCUACAGAUCAAACUAGAGGAGCACCGGAGGAGGAAACAUGAAGCAGACAGACUCAAAGAGCAAACAUUGAAGGCGCUGGAAGCGGGCGACAGCAGUCUCAGACGUCAGAACAGCACAGUGAGCGGCAUUUUCCAGUUACUGGACAGCAAUAAAGAUGGCAGCAUCACAGUGGAUGAAGUCCAGGCUAAAGUGACACUCAUCCACGAUGAAGAGCGGGUUCUCUCUGAGGACGAAGCAGUGGCUUUGUUGGGAGGAGGCCGCCAAAUGGAUCUCGCCGAGUUUCAACACACACUCUGGGAUAUCCUGACGAGAGGAGACAGCGUCAAGAUCAAAGACGCGCAUGAUGCAGCGGGCGGUCUUGUGGGGGAAGAUCCGCACUUACAGGCAGCUGACAGAGCUCUUUCACCGGCUUGGAAGCACUCAGCGUUCCCCUCCUUUCCAAUCUUCAUCCUGCAGCUGAAAUGGCUGGAAGAUUUUCUCAUUUUCCCCGGGAAUGUAUGUCAUAUCAACAACAUGAUGCUAAUCUGCUGGACUCACACGUCCUCCAUCAUGCUAUUUUUUGCCUCACACAUGUUGCCCGAGAGGUCAGCAGCAUUGCAGGGUGCUUGCUAGGUUGAAUUGCUUGGAGGCAGAAGUUAAUUUCCAUCUCAACAGAGAUAAAUGACUUUGCUGUGACCUCACUGGCUCGCUUGCUGGCACAACAAAGACUUUGUGCUUUUGUAGAAGACAGGCAGCCUGAAUACCAGUUAUUCAAAGCAGUUGUUUGCUAUAAGUGGUAUGAAGUGAAUCUGUUACAAUAGUAAGAAAGAAAUACAUUUGAGCCUGGUUCACUCUGUACAGAGCAGGAUUGCUCCAAAUAUACAUUUAAAUGCACUUCACACUUAAAUUGGGUGGUAGCAGGACUCUCUAGAAACCUUCUGUUGUUGUAUUUAUGUCACAUAAUAAUAUGUAGUAUAGUACGUGCAUUUUAGUGUGCAUUUUGAUCCCUAGAAAACAACAUGGCUGUUAUUUUCAGAACGAAUUCUGGGUAAUGAGCACUACGUCAGGGUGAAUAAAGGACAAACAGUUAUAAAGCUAGAUUUUUCAAUUGGUCAAUGUAAGUGUCAUUGGUGGAAUUAACACCAGAGUUAUCACAAUUAUGCCUGAACUGAAUGAAAUAGUACUUUUGGCACUUUUGCUUCUCCUGUUAAUCUUCCUGGUCUUUAGUGGGACAUAUAUAGCUUACAAUGAUAUCAGUGAGAUCUUUGCCAAUGAAUAUACAAAUUUAAAAUGUUCUUUUUUUAUUACUUUAUUACAUGCAAAACAAUUGCAACUUUCCAAAUCACUCUACUUUCAAGUAAAUUGCAUUUU